AUGUCUACAUCCGGUUUUGGCCAGAUAGAGGCAAACAAUUUGACACAACGAGGGAAAAGAGCUCAAAAAUCCGAGAAAAUCCCAUUAAAAGCUGUCCAAGAAGACGUCGAUGAUAAACUAAAGGGUAUUAAUGUGAGUAGCAAGAAUGUUAAUCCACUUUAUAAGCUCGAAGCAAUCGCAAUGCCAGUGAUCUUUACCGCACUUGCCAUGUUCACUAGAAUGUACAAGAUCGGAGUGAAUAACCAUGUUGUAUGGGAUGAAGCACAUUUUGGUAAGUUCGGUUCAUAUUACUUAAGGCAUGAAUUUUACCAUGAUGUGCAUCCACCAUUGGGUAAGAUUUUGGUGGGAUUUUCAGGAUAUCUAGCGGGCUACAAUGGUUCUUGGGACUUUCCCUCAGGUGAAAUGUAUCCUGAAUACAUUGAUUAUGUGAAGAUGAGGAUUUUUAAUGCAACUUUUUCCUCUUUAUGUGUUCCAUUGGCUUACUUUACCGCUAAGGAAAUUGGUUUUAGUUUACCUUCAGUUUGGUUGUUUACUAUUUUGGUUUUAUGUGAGAACUCUUAUGCGACGUUAGGAAGAUUUAUUUUACUUGAUUCGAUGUUAUUGCUGUUUACUGUUAGUUCUUUCUAUGCUUUUAUUAGAUUCCAUAAUGAGAGGAGUAGGCCAUUCCAGAGGAAAUGGUGGAAGUGGUUGUUGAUGACUGGUAUAUCUCUUGGAUGUACUAUAUCGGUGAAAAUGGUUGGUCUAUUUAUCAUUACCCUAGUUGGUCUUUAUACUAUUGCUGACCUAUGGCAGAAAUUGGGCGACAAGAACAUUUCCGGUAAAAAAUUCACAUAUCACUUUGCUGCUAGAGCAGUAUGUCUAAUUGUUGUACCAUUUUUGGUUUUUCUACUAUGUUUCAAGGUUCAUUUUGACUUAUUAUCACACUCUGGUACCGGCGAUGCUAACAUGCCAUCGUUGUUCCAAGCGAACUUGGCCGGUUCAGACGUUGGUGUAGGCCCCCGUGACGUUGUUGUUGGGUCUUCAUUAGUGUCAAUUAAAAAUCAGGCGUUAGGUGGUUCAUUGUUACAUUCACACAUACAGACCUACCCAGAGGGUUCAAACCAGCAGCAAGUAACCUGUUAUGCUCACAAAGACUCUAACAACUACUGGAGAUUUGACAGAAAAAGAGGUCUUGCUCGUUGGGAUAAUAAUACCGAGACUGAACACGAACCUGUCGUUGAUGGCGGUGAAUACAGACUAGUCCACAGUAACACUGGAAGAAAUUUACAUACGCAUCCGGUUUUUGCUCCAAUCACUAGCACUGCGUGGGAAGUGUCCUGUUAUGGUAAUGCUGAAGUUGGUGAUGUAAAGGAUAACUGGGUGAUUGAAUUUGCUAGUCAGCCUGGUAGUGAAAAUAAGACUGUUUUACACACCUUAUCGACUUCAUUCCGUAUCAAGAAUGUUGAAAUGGAUUGCUAUUUGGCACAGACAGCUAACCACUUACCAGAAUGGGGAUUUAGACAAAGUGAGGUGAUUUGUAUGAAGUCGCCAUUUAAGAGGGACAAGAGAACAUGGUGGAAUAUUGAAACUCAUGAAAAUGAAAAGUUACCUCCAAGACCGGAGAAUUUCACAUAUCCUGGGACAAAUUUCAUCAAGGAUUUUAUUCACCUAAAUUUGGCUAUGAUGGCAACAAAUAACGCUUUAGUUCCUGAUCCUGACAAGCUGGAUCCAUUAGCUUCUUCCGCAUGGCAAUGGCCAACUUUGAAUGUUGGUAUAAGACUAUGUGGAUGGGGAGAUAAUAACGUGAAAUAUUACUUGAUUGGUUCCCCUGCAUCCACUUGGCCGUCCACUGCCGCUGUCUUAAUUUGCAUCUGCCUCGUUGGAAUCUAUUUGCUGAGAUGGCAAAGGCAAUCUGUUAUAUUCAAAGAUUCUAAAGAUGCUAAUAUUUUCGUCGUCGGUGGUUUUAUUCCAUUGCUGGGUUGGUUCCUACAUUUUUUCCCCUUUGUCAUCAUGGGAAGAGUUACGUAUGUUCACCAUUACUUACCCGCGUUAUACUUCGCGUUGUUGGUCCUCACAUAUUUAUUUGAAGUUAGCACAAAAUCCUGGUCAAAAACAACCAAAGGUAGACUUGUGAGAUACGCUAUUUACGGGAUUUAUUACGCAAUUGUCAUUUAUUACUUCUACUACUUUUUCCCCAUUUCCGCUGGUAUGUCAGGUCCAGCUUCGAAUUAUGCGUACAUGAACUGGUUAAAGUCAUGGUCUAUUUCUUGA